AUGCAGAAGAAAGCUAUCUCCAUUGUCAUAAAAGAGAAUUUUGGUGGAAUAUUAGAGACUAGAAAAAAAUUCUUCGGGGUAGGAUCCGUGGAAUUCCUGGGCUAUCGGAUAGACAGGGAAGGAAUCCACCCCACUGAGAGCAAGGUUAGGGCAAUCAGGAAGGCCCCAGCUCCCCAAAACAAAACGGAGUUACAGGCAUUCUUAGGUCUGGUCAACUUUUACGCGGUAUUUUUGAAAAAUAAGGCGACCAUAGCCGAACCGCUACACAAAUUACUAACAAAGACAGCUGUGUGGUCUUGGGGAAAGGCGGAAGCUAGGGCAUUCGAAGCAGUAAAAAACCUUCUGUCUAGCGAUAGCCUACUGAUUCAAUACAAUGGCACGCUGCCAUUGGUGUUAGUUUGUGAUGCAUCUCCCUACGGGGUGGGGGCUGUGCUCAGCCACAGGUUACCAAAUGGCACAGAAGCCCCUAUAGCAUUUUACUCCCGAACAAUGUCAUCGGCUGAAAGAAACUAUAGCCAGCUAGAUAGAGAAGCCUUGGCCAUAGUCUCCGGGGUAAAGAAGUUCCAUGAAUAUGUAUUUGGUCGUGACUUCGAAAUCGUCACAGACCAUAGACCCCUACUAGGUCUGCUGGCAGGCGACCGCCCAACGCCCGUGGCACUUUCGCCUAGACUGACCCGAUGGACUAUCUUUCUGGCUGCGUAUUCUUACAAAUUACUGCAUCGGCCAGGAAAGGAGUUAGGGCAUGCGGACGCUUUGAGCAGAUGCCCAUUACCAGAGACUAUCGAAGACCCCACUCCGGGCACACCCGUCCUGCUAAUUGACUCUUUGGACUCUGGUCCAGUCACUUCCAAGGAGGUGGCUCGGGCUUCUUACAAGGACAUUACAAUAAGAACUGUAAUUGGUUGGGUGCAAAGAGGAUGGCCCGCUGCGCCGGGCGAGCGGUUUAAGGAAUAUGUAAAGAAACGCGGGGAGUUGUCGGCUCAAGGAGGGUGUUUGCUCUGGGGGGAUAGAGUGGUGAUCCCGGAGAAAUUGCGGAAAAAAGUUUUGGAACUCCUGCACGAGGGCCACCCUGGGAUCGUGAGAAUGAAGGGUUUAGCAAGGAGCUAUGUGUGGUGGCCCUUGAUGGACACGGAGAUUAGUGACAGGGUAGGAAAAUGCCAAGCCUGCCAGGAGUCCAGACCACUACCACCAACGGCCCCAACUCGAGAGUGGGAGAAACCCCAGGGCCCAUGGUCUAGGAUCCACAUCGAUUUUGCCGGCCCCUUCCACGGGCAAACAUUCCUAGUGGUAGUCGAUGCCUAUUCCAAAUGGCUGGAAAUCAUUCUUAUGAGAUCCAUGACAGCCGAGGCCGUAAUCUCAGUCCUUCGGCGCCUAUUUGUAACCCACGGGUUACCCGACACCCUAGUUUCCGACAACGGUCCGCAAUUCACAGCGACCCUAUUUGAGGGGUACUUGGCGGAAGAGGGCAUCCGGCAUGUCCUCUCGGCGCCUUUCCACCCUGCGACGAACGGCCUUGCAGAACGUUUCGUUCGGAGCGCAAAGGAAGCAUUGUCCAGAAUCAGGCCAGGCGAUUGGCAAUUAAAAAUUGACACCUUCCUAGCAGUACAACACAGAACCCCCUGUGUAGCAACUGGCCGCAGCCCAGCAGAGCUACUGAUGGGGAGGAAGCUUAGGUGCCCGUUAGACCGGUUAAACCCAAACUACACCCCAGACGGGUACAAAGGGACAAACGGUAAAACAAGAGAAAUGACAGUGGGAAGUCCAGUAUGGGCACACAAUUACGGAGAAGGCCCAAAUUGGGUAAAGGGGACAAUCCUUGAAACAACCGGGCCCAAAUCGUAUCUGGUAGAGAUAGAGGAUGGCCGGGUUUGGAAGUGCCACAUA